AUGGGAUCCUACUGGAGUGCUUGUGAGAGUGAAGAAUGUCCGUGCAGCUCCCUCUCUGUAAAAAUCAUAAGGAUGAGAAAUCUGAGAAAGGCAGAUCUCUUUAGUCAAACUGACUGCUAUGUAAGCCUGUCCUUGCCUACUGCUUCCUCUGAGACUGUCCGGACCAAAACCAUCAAGAACUGCAAAGAUCCAAUCUGGAAUGAAACAUUUUGCUUCAGGAUCCAGAGCCAAGUAAAAAAUGUUCUUGAACUGAAAGUCUAUGAUGAAAAUGCAAUCACUAAAGAUGACCUCCUCUUCACUGUCCUCUUUGAUGUUGCUAAAAUACAGCUUGGAGAAACUGUUCGCUUGACAUUUCGAUUAAACCCAGAGACACAAGAGCUGCUGGAGGUUGAAUUUGCAUCAGAGAGCAUUCCGGUUCCUCCUGAAAGUCUUGUCAAUAAUGGUGUAUUAGUGUCUCGUGAAAUUUCCUGCUUGGAAGUUCUGAUAGACAAUAAACAGAUGAAGAAAGAAGCUUCAGAAAAAGACUUCUUGUUUUCAGUGAAGGGCUCAUAUGAAGAGAGCCAGACUCUGUCACUGGGCUCUGCCCAGCAACCCAAAAAGCCCCUCAUCUUCCAUUAUAUCAAGUACAGUCUGCCAGAGCUGCGCAUGGCUCUGGCAGAAAAGAAGCCGCCCUUCUGCUUGGGUACCUCAUGUGAAGAGAAAAGAGAUUGCAGUGCAUCCCUCAGGAUUCCUCUGGAUUCAUUUCCCUUCAAGGAGAAAGUAGCAGUAGCAAAGGAUGAAACAAUCAAUUUACAUGUGAAGUCAACUGACUGGUCAAGAAACUUAGAUGUUCGCCUGGAGUUUGAUCUAUGUAUGGAGGAGAAAAAUUUCCUACAGAAACGGAGGAAAUUGGUGGCUUCUGCUCUGAAAAAAGCACUUCAUUUAGAACGGGACCUACAAGACCAUGAGGUACCAGUUGUAGCAGUCAUGACAACAGGAGGUGGCACCCGGGCACUGACAUCUUUGUUAGGCAACCUGCUGGGUCUUCAGAAGCUGGAUCUCUUAGAUGCUAUUUCAUACAUCACUGGGUCAUCUGGCUCAACAUGGACCUUGUCACAUUUGUAUCAGAACCCUGACUGGUCACACAAGGAUCUCUUGGGACCAAUUGGUGAAGUCCGCAGACAUAUGACCAAAUGCAAGCUGAGCUGCUUUUCCCUGGAGAGCUUGAAGUACUAUGACCGGGAACUAAAUCUGAGGAAGCAAGAAGGAUACCAGAUCUCUAGCAUCGAUUUAUGGGGGCUUCUGCUGGAAAAGGCAUUAAGUGAUGGGAAAAACAACCACAGACUCUCAGAUGAGCGACAGGCAUUGAAUCAGGGUCAGAAUCCCCUACCUAUCUACAUGAUCCUCAACAUCAAAGAUGACUACAGCCUUUCAGAGUUUAAAGAAUGGAUUGAGUUCACACCUUAUGAGGUUGGGUUCUUAAAAUAUGGUGCCUUCAUUCGUGCAGAGGAUUUUGGCAGCAAGUUUUUCAUGGGUCGCUUGAUGAAGAAGCUCCCCGAGUCUCGGAUCUGCUUCAUGAAAGGCCUGUGGAGCAAUGUAUUUUCAUACAACCUCUUGGAUGCCUGGCAUUCAUCGGAUCCUUCAGAAAGGUGCUCACUGAGGUGCACCCAACACAGGGCUGUUGAUGUUGAAAGAGAUGAGCCUUCUCUACCAGCCAGGAACCAUCAGUUGGAAACUUACUUAGUCACCCCUGAAUGUGGCUUCAUGGGCAUUGUUCGGGAGGUCUUGUCUGAGCGAGUGAUGGUUUCAAAGUUCUACAACUUUCUGAAGGGGUUCCAGAUGCACAAUGAAUACCUUCAGAGCAAAAGCUUUCAUAUAUGGAAAGAUACUGUACUAGAGAAUUUUCCCAACCAGCUGACAGAAACAGCAGAGUUCCUGUGCCUUGCCGACACAGCAGGAUACAUUGAUAUCAGCUACCCACCACUCAUGAGACCAGAGAGAAAAGUGGAUGUUGUCUUACACUUAAAUUAUUCUUCUGGAUCACAGACAUCGCCUUUGGAAGAAGCCUCCAAGUACUUCUUAAAACAGGGAAUCCCAUUUCCCAAAAUCCACCUGAGUGAAGAGGAAAAGAAAAAUCUAAAGGAGUGUUACAUCUUUGAAGAUGCAGAGACCCCAGGGGCACCAACAGUGGUGUUUUUCCCACUGGUGAAUGACACGUUCAGAAAAUACAAAGAGCCAGGUGUGGAGCGUAGCCCUGCUGAGAUGGCAGAGGGCAAUGUGGAUGUUUCCAGCCUUUUUUCCCCAUACUGCAUAAACAGCUUUACCUACACAGAGGACCAAUUUGACAAGCUGGUAAAACUGACCAGCUACAACAUUCAGAACAACAAGCAUCUGAUUCUUCAGGCUUUGAGUUCAGCAAUAGAGCAGAAACAGCAACACAAAAAAUGA